UGGCUGCUUCGCCAGCAGCGGUAUUGUGUGUGAUUUUGAUCUCGCCGCUUCCAAUAAUGGCAGACAAGAACAGUCUUUGUGCUUUGCCGCUUUCUCGCGUCAAAACAAUAAUGAAAAGUUCCCCAGAUGUUUCCAGUAUCAGUCAAGAAGCCCUUUUUCUAACGGGAAAAGCAACGGAGUUUUUUGUGCAAAAUUUAGCCCGAGUGUCACUCACCAAUGGGCGUGACGGGAAACAGCUCCAAUAUGGAGAUUUAGCUGAAGUUGUAAAUACAGAAGAAACUCUACAGUUUUUACAAGAUAUCAUUCCUCGAAAGAUCAAAGCUAGUGACUACUUUGAAAUUCUCAAAGAAAUGGAAGAAGAUGGAGACGAAUGCUGAGUUUUCAUGUUUGCAGGGAAAGUAAAAAAAAAAAAAACCUCAAAACAGAAAACACUCCACCUUAAAACAGCAGGACUAAUUAACAUUUAAUUUAAUAAUUGUUAAAAUUCUCAUUCUCAAUCCAUUCUCAGAACCAUAUUUUGUCCACCAUUGUUCCACCUUGUCUUCUGCGAAUAGUUUAGUUCUGGCAGCAGACUCUCAUAACCAUGCACUCAUCUCACUCUUUUGUUUUCUUUCAAUUUAUUCCUCUUCUCAUUUAUUUUACUUUCAUUUUAUAUUAAAAUCUAUCCAACAUCA